CUUUACGACAGACCGUGACAGUUACCCCGCACCCUGCUUUGCAUAGAUGGCUCAAAAUGUGUACGUGCAAUAAAGGGAUUAAAAGCUUUUUCAAUGCGCUAAUGUAAUGCAGGUCAUGCGAUCCUAACUUGGUGAUUUUUUUCCCCCCCGCAGUAUUUUAGAAGCAUGAAAGCCGUACCAUCCGCGGUAGGUCAUGUUUUAUCGGAUCCGGUCCCUUUAAUUUUCUGAACACUGCAAGCUCAAUUAUGCCCCCCGUAGGGUUGUACGGACGUGUCAGAAAUACAACACUAAAAAACUACGCUUUAUUUGUAAAGAAUGCGUAUUUGCCCGACUCUGAAUGACUGUCUAUUUAGCUAUUUUGUUCUCAACCCACUCGGACAUCAUUGAGCAUUCACGUAUAUUUCUGUUGUUGUAUAGCUGUUUAUUUCGAGUUCGUUCAUCAUUGUCACUGACAGUCGUGGAUGAGGUGGAGGGCAGUUUAGAACACGGAGGUGACUUCGUGGGACAAACGCUCAUACCGACACAGCGUCGCAGAUCAACAUAGCCACAAAUAACCUGAGACUGACUGUGUCACUUUGAUCGGAAGGACAUUUUCAAAGGUCUCCUUGGAGCUUACGCGACUGCGGACAAGCCAACGCACUUCUGAAACCACAUAGCGCAGAGUGUCUGCCCUUCCAGCCCAAAAACGUGGACAGAUCGCAUCAGUCGCGACACACAUUCAGGCACUGCAUCUUUCGCUCGUGCACGGAGCUGCGUAUCGCGAUUCUUCCGCUGCCGCUCACCUGCUCGUGCCGCAUCAGUCUGCCGCACGCUGUGAUAUAGACACCCGUCCGUGAGUAAAACCAAGUGCGCUGGAUUUCUUCGCCGUAUUCUAGAUCCCGUCCAAGGGCAGGUUGGAGAAACCAUUCUGCUUCUACGCUCGUGCGUGACACUCGACUGAGGCUUGUGCUGUUUUAAUUCGAUAAGCUCUCUUGACCAAAUUGUUCUUCAAAAACCGUCGUCUUCACCUGUAAGCAAUAUAUUGGGUCACCUGGAGUCGGCAUCAUUCUAACUUGCGCUGGGACAAAACAAAGUGUGCAGUCCUGUGGCCCUGACUGCCCCUCACACAGCCAGCUGACCUGGUGUUGGGUGGGUUCUGCCGGAGACAUGGACCCAACGCUGCGGCCCCGGAGACAACCAAUGAGAGCUGUUGGACCAGGGGCUGUACCAGUGCCAUCGCUCAGCCCCGCACCCCUCCUGGCUGCUCCUCCCAAACACUCUGCCCCCAUAACUGCUCCAAAAGCUACCCCAAUGCCACCACUUUUCCCAGCUCGCACUAGCCCUGUUGCCCCAAUAACUACCCCAAUACUAACCCUGUCGCCAACUCCAAUCAAUAAUUCUGCCCCAAAAUCUUCCCCAGUACUACCCCUGCUGCCAGCUCCCACCCUGCCUGUAACUGCCCCAGUAAGUACACCUGUGUUGCCCCUUUUGCCCACCCCAAUUAUUUGCACUGCUACAAUAACUGCCCCAGUCCCCACAGCUCCUCCAGGGGCACUAGGGCCUGGGAGAAUCCCAAUCACAACCACACUCGUAGCCACGCCCAUAGCCACGCCCACAGUCCGGCCUAGACCAGCAGUACUCGGAGUCCCGCCCCCUGUUCCCUCUGCACCAAUUAGCCCCACUCUGCCUUCUGCCGGGAGGGGCUUAGGAGCCCCGCCCCAUCAACCUCCAAACCCCAGCCCCAUGGAGGGGCCUGCGUCUCCCCCAGCCCAGAAGGACACCCCCCCCGGUGACCUGCAGGACUUCCGGGUACACAUCGUCACAUGGAACGUGGGGUCAGCUGCUCCACCUGAUGACAUCACGUCUUUAUUCGGGCCGGAUGUUUCCAAUGGCAACAUUGAUAUGCACGUCGUUGGGCUGCAGGAGGUGAACUCCAUGAUCAAUAUGAGAUUGAAGGACGUGCUCUUCUCAGACCAGUGGAGUGAGCUGUGCAUGGAUACUCUCUCACGGUUCGGAUACGUGCUGGUGACAUCCCAGCGGAUGCAGGGGCUGCAGCUCCUGGUGUUCUGCAGGUACUCUCACCUGCCGUUCGUCAGGGGAGUUCAGACUCAGAGCACCCGCACAGGCCUGGGAGGCUACUGGGGGAAUAAGGGCGGGAUCAGUGCGCGGAUGGCCCUGUUCGGCCACCCCGUCUGCUUCCUGAACUGCCACCUCCCGGCGCACAUGCAGAACACGGAGCAGCGCAUGGACGACUUUGACACCAUCCUGCAGCAGCAGCAGUUUGAGGGAGCGGCCACUAGGGGCGUGCUGGACCACAAUGUGGUGUUCUGGUUCGGGGAUCUGAACUUCAGAAUCGAGGGCUAUGACACGCACGUAGUGAAGAGUGCCAUCGACAACAACACACUGUCAUUCCUGUGGGAGAGAGACCAGCUGAACAUGGUGAAGCACAGCGCUCGUAUCCUGGAGGGGUUUAUGGAGGGGCCCCUACAGUUCCCCCCCACCUACAAGUUUGAUGUGGGAACACACACCUAUGAUACCAGUGCCAAGAAGCGGAAGCCGGCCUGGACGGAUCGGAUCCUGUGGCGGCUGAGGGCGGCGGCCUCCCCCGGGCCUUCCCACAAUGCCGCUCUCCAGCGCGGGCUGACGUCGUGGCUGAGCGCAGGGGUGAAAGUCACGCAGCACGCCUACCGUAGUCACAUGGGCUUCACCAUCAGCGACCACAAGCCCGUCUCCGCCCACUUCUCCCUACAGUUUUCCUACAAGGUGGAUGUUCCCUUGGUGACGCUCCUGGUUGAGGGGGAGUGGUCUCGGCCUUCGGACGCGGUGGUCAGGUUCACGGUGGCCUCCGGGUUCACCCGCACCUCCUCCGACUGGAUCGGCUUGUACAAGGUGGGAUUCAGACAUCACAAGGACUAUAGUGCGUACGUUUCAGCCAAACAGGAGGAGUCUGAUUACCUGACGCAGGAGCACCAGGUCUUUUUCCCUGAAGAGGAUUUGCCUAAGGGCUGUGGCGAGUACAUCCUGGGUUACUAUAGCAACCACACCAACAGCAUCGUGGGAGUGACGGAACCCUUUCAGGUGGAGGUGCGGGUGUUCAGCCCCUCCAGCAGCUCAGAGGAUGACAGCACGCUGGUCCUCCUGCAGCCUCAGUCCCGCAGCCCCAGCCCGCGGAGUCGCAGCCGCAGCCCGGCCCUGCCCAGCCUGAAGGGCCUCAACCUGCGGCCACGCUCCCGCGACCCGCCGAAACGCAGCCCGUCGCCGCGCGGCGGCCCCAAGAGGGAGCGCCUGGUGUCCUCCCCCUCCCCCUCUCCCUCCCCCUCCGGGCCCCCCCGCCUCCGCAGCCCCGUCACCCCCGGGGCGGACUUCAGCGCCCCAGAGGCCCUGAUCGCUGCCAUCAUGGGCCCAGGACCAGGCCCUCUGCCCGGGGCAGGCCCGCAUGCGAGCCUGGGGAUGUAGCUCUGGGACAGGCCCCACUCUGGGGCAUGGGAGGAGGUAGUCUGAGAUUUCAGAUUGAUGUGGAUGGGGCCUUUCUCCUCGCAUUCUCACCUGAGUGGGGAGACGGGAGUAAGCUUGUGUGACGCUACACUGAUCUGGGGCCAGUAGAGCCAGGGCCUCCCAGAUGAGUCUGCUAAACAGAACCUGCUUCUUUAUUCUAUAAAUCUGUGGUUUAGAGCUGUGUGUGUGUGUGUCUGUAUGUGUGUGGGUGUGUGUGUCUUUGCUUUCGCUGCACUGUGUGUGUGUCUGUCUGUCUGUCUGUAUGUGCGUGUGUUUGCUUUUGCUCCACUGUGUGUGCGCGCAUAUGUGCGAGUGUGUGUGUGCGUGCGUGUGUGCAUGUGUGCGUGUGUGUGUGGGUGCAUUUCUGUGCAAGGGUGUGUAUGUGUGAGUGUGUGUGCAUGUGCGGGUGUGUGUGUGUGAGUGUGUGUACUUGUGCAGGUGUGUGUGAGCAUGUGUACAUGUGUGUGUGUGAGUGUGUAUGUGUAUGUGUGUGUGUGUGUGUGUGAGUGUGUGUGUGUGUGUAUGUGUAUGUGUGUGGGUGUCCGUGCAUUUGCGUGAGCGUGCGUGUGAAUGUGUGGUGUGUGUGCGAGUGUGUGUGUAUGUGUGAGUGUGUGUACGUGUGCAGGUGUGUGUGAGCAUGUGUACAUGUGCGUGUGUGAGUGUGUAUGUGUAUGUGUGUGGGUGUCCGUGCAUUUGCGUGAGCGUGCGUGUGAAUGUGUGGUGUGUGUGCGAGUGUGUGUGUAUGUGUGAGUGUGUGUACAUGUGCAGGUGUGUGUGUGAUUUAGGAAUGCCAGUCCUGAUUUGCCAGACCUGUUGUGCUUGCUGUCCGAUUGCAUUUAUUUGUACAUGUAUAUCUGUCUACCUCUCAGAUAUCAUUAUAUUAGAUGACAAUCAUCUGCAGAAGAGAUUGCUGCGUUUUCUGGCAUUAUUAGCUAUUUAUGUAAAUCUGUUUUCAUGUUUCAAUGAUUAAUAAAUGGAGAGACAAACUCCACUGGGCUCUCGGACAAACA